AACCUGAAACAAAUAUGGGAGCAACUGCAUUUCAGCAUCCUCCUUGUCUGAGCUAAAGAUACUGAAGGUCGAAAACUGUCCAAAUCUAUCGACAAUUUUCCCGGCUGUUGCAGCUAGAAGUCUUCUGCAAUUUGAGCAACUUAUGAUAGAGAACUGUGGAGUGGAGUACAUUGUUUCAAAACAUGAAGGAGAAGAAACUGCAUCCCUUAACUUUGUGUUUCCUCAAGUAUCAUCGGUAGAAUUUAGGAAUUUGCCAGAACUCAAAAGUUUCUACCCCAGUAAGCAUACUACUGAAUGGCCAAAGUUAAAACGACUGGAUGUGUAUCACUGCGAGAAACUAUGGCUAUUUUCUCCAGAAUAUGUAAUCCAUUCAUAUGAAGAUAGUAGACUUGAUGUCCCAGACCUGCAAAUGCCUCUUGUGUUGGUUGAAAAGGUCCUUCCCAACUUGGAAAUAAUGUCAUUGAAGGAGGAAGACAUCACAAUGAUAUCCUACAGCAACAUUUCUCCAGCAGACCUAUUUUCCAAAACAAAAUUUCUUCUGGUGCAGUGCUUUCAUAGUGAAUCAGCUGUCAUGCCUCUGGAUUUUCUUGAGAGAAUACAUGAUGUGGAAAAGUUGGGUAUUGGAUGCAGUUAUUUCCCAGAACUAAUACCAUACCGAGGAGGAGGAAAAUACACUGGGAUAUUCACUCGGAUAAGAUAUCUAAGGCUAGAUACUCUUCCUUGGAUACAACAUGUAGGAAUCCAUGGCAGUCAAUUUGAAUCAGCUCUGCAGAAUCUCGAAACCUUGGAAGUAUGGUUUUGUGAUGGUUUGACAAGCUUAACACCAUCCUCAGUCUCAUUUCCAAAUCUGAAAACCUUGGAUAUAUGGGGGUGUAAAUCAUUGAUGACAUUGGUGACAUCCUCAGCUGCUAGAAGGCUGGAACAGCUCACAGAGAUGAGGAUAAGAGAGUGUGAAAUGCUGAGAGAAGUGGUUUCAACUGAGGGAGAUGAAACAGAAGAAGAAAUUGUUUUUGGGAAAUUAAGACGUAUAGAAUUUGAUGGUUUAUCAAACCUGUGUUUUUUCUGCUCAUCAAAUUGCAGGUUCAAGUUUCCUGCAUUGGAGGAAAUGAUUGUCAAUAAAUGCCAUGGGUUGGUGAUUUUUUGUGAAGGAGUGUUGAGCACACCAUUGCUGAGCAGAGUAUGGCUGACAAAAGAAUGUCAUGAGUGGCGUUGGGAGGGUGAUCUUAAUGCCACUGUAUGUAUGUUGUACCAAGAAAGGCUAGCAGCUGGUACAUCCGAUCGAAGUCAUAUACAAUCGUGAAGCUCUACGAUUGUAAGUUCUAAUCUUAUUAGUAUUAGUAUUUUUUUUAAAAUUUAAUCCUAUUUAAUAAUACAAGUAAAUAACAUUUGUGUUAUACUAACACCACAAUGCAAUCCUAUAGUUUUGUACUUCUAA